AUGUCUCAAUCUCUGCCCUCUACAGACCUUUCCGAGUCCCGGCAACCUAAUUUGUAUGCCUCUUCGACUAUACCUUUCUUCAUCGCCGUUCUCUGUGUCAGCCUUCGAUUCUGGUGUCGCUGGAAAAAUACUGCGGGCUUAUGGCUUGACGACUGGCUGAUACUAGCCUCAUUGGCUUGCGGCACUGGCCUCACAGCUUCAUUACUGUGGUGGAUACCUCGUGCUCUGGGGAGGCAUAUUCAAACGUUCGGACCAAACGCGACGGAGGACGCAUAUAUCGGGCUAUUCUCCUGUGAACUCACUUACACAGGCGUCAUUGUCCUUGUCAAGUUCUCUAUCCUCGCCCUGUACUGGCGUCUAUUCAACAGGGCCAACAUCAAGAUCCCCAUUAGCAUACUUGCCACUCUGGUCUGCAUGUGGGGUAUUGCUGUAUUUUUGCUCACCUUGCUGCAAUGUAUACCCACUCGAGGAUUAUGGGAUCAAUCAAUCGAUGCCUCCUGCAAUGUUGACAGCCAAAAAUUCCUGUUUGCGAUCUCAAUUCCCAACAUCAUAAUCGAUGUUACGCUUCUCGUACUUCCUGUACCUUACAUCAUGAAGCUCAACACCUCGAGAAGCCAUAAGAAGGCUAUCAUGUCAAUGUUUCUUUUGGGCAGUUUUGUGUGCAUCGCCUCAAUAAUGCGACUUGUUUCAGUGAUGACCCAAGGUACUGAUGCGGACGUCAGUUGGAACUGGGUCAAUCAAGCCAUAUGGGCCAAUAUCGAGGCUGACCUGGCAAUUGUCUCGGCUUGCCUCCCAACUUUGCGUCCUGUAUGGGUCGCAGUUCGACGAAGCCUCUUUGGUACCCAAGCUACCAAUCAAUCGACUGACCCGUCCUCUUGGGCUACGCCACAAAAGCGUGUUCAGGCUUCUUCGUGGGCCACAAAGAUACUGAAAUCGAGCUCCUACGACAAGGAAGACACACAGCCCUUUUCAGCUCUGGAUAGUCAUACGGAGGAAGGACCGCACCGUUACUCGGCAUUGGAUCAAUCGCAAUCUAAAACGGCGGUCGCAAUUCCAUUGCCAACUCUCAAUAAGGGACAGCCUCAUGAGGAGGGUAUCACGGUGAAGAGAGCUUGGGAUGUUGAGUACAAUCAAUAG